AUGCUAGGUCUUAGGAAUAUUGCCCGUUCGGCUCCGCGGUCUGCGGCCCGUCUUUCCUCAAGAGCGAUCCGCCCGCAGUCGUCCCUUUUCCGGCCAGUCGCUGCUCUCCCAGCAUGGACACAAUCGGCACCGCGUCUCACAGCUUCCUUCCACCUCUCAUCGAUCCGGAGACAAGAUUCAGAUGUCAAAGAGGAGCUUGUCGCAAAGCUGCAGAAUGAGAUUACCAUGGAGGAGGACCUAAAGGAGGAUGAGGACCUGUCCACCAACAUCAAGGAGUAUCUUGAAAACAGCGAGUUUGAGCUCGAGGAUAAACCUGGCCACCAGGAGGUUACCCUCACCCGCACCUUCGGCGACGAGAAGAUUCGUAUCACCUUCUCCACUGCUGAUCUGAACAACAACGUGCCCAACGAGGACCUCAACGACUCUGCCAUGUACGACGGCGAGGUGGACGACAUCAUCGACGGUCAGUCCGGCGGUGCUAAUACCAAAGGCGCCAUCAACCAGGGCAACACCCGCGACGGAAACGUUCGCGUCGCACCCGAAGACCGCAUUGCACCGGCCGACCGUGAAGAACUCGACGACGAGUACGACGAGGAUGCGCAGCAGCAGGGCUUCCCCGCCCAUGCGAACAUCCGCAUCGAGCGACCUGGCAAGGGUGCUCUUGCCAUUGAUGCUACCGCUCAGGACGGUGACUUCUUGAUCGAGGACCUGUGGUACUUCCCUUCGGCUGACCUUGCCGACCCUGCGACCGCCGAGAAGGACUGGGCAAGGCGGACGCUGUACACUGGCCCGCCCUUCAACAACCUGGAUGAGGACCUUCAGGUCCUGCUUGAGAAGUACCUUGAAGAGCGCGGCAUCAACACCCGGAUGGCACUGUUCAUCCCCGACUACAUCGACCACAAGGAGCAGAAGGAGUACAUCCGGUGGUUGGAGAACGUGAAGAAGUUCGUUGAAUAA